AUGGAGAGAAGAAACAUGAUAGAUGAAGCCCAAUGUGAUGAUAAUGAAGAAAAGAAACAGAGGAAUCAAAUGAUGAUGAUGCCCUCUGCCUCUGGGUAUACCAGAGAGAAGGAGACGCUAAUCAUUGUUUCUGCUCUCACCCACGUUCUAUCCGGAGAAUUAGAGGUUCCCGCCGGCGCCGAUAAUAGUAUUACUACUGUAAAUGAAGGUGGCGGUUAUGCAGGGGCAGGAGAAGAUAAUCAUACAUUUGACACCACCAAUGUCUCAUAUGGAAGAAGAACAGAAACAAGGAAGAGAAAGUACAGAGGAGUUAGACAAAGGCCAUGGGGGAAAUGGGCAGCUGAAAUAAGAGACCCAGUUAAAGCUGCAAGAGUAUGGCUAGGAACCUUCCACACCGCCGAGGCCGCCGCCAGAGCCUAUGAUCGAGCAGCCUUGGGUUUCAGGGGAAACAAGGCUAAACUCAACUUUCCGGAGGAUGUUUCUCUUCCGGUCAGCCAAUCCGUCACUACCCAGACGACUGUUCUUGCUUCUCCUUCGACGGUUCAUAAUCAAUCGGAUGCAUGGGGAGUGGAGAGACAAAAUGUUCGUCGUCAUUCAAUAAGUUUGUUGGAUCAGAUGAUGUUAUCUUCUCGGACGUCAAAUCUUAAUCCAUCAUCUUCUUUAGCGUUUAGAAAUACGAUUCCAUUGUCGUCGGACAAUUCUCCCCUGCCGGCGAUGAUGAUUUCCCGGCGUGAUGUGAUUUGA